UCUGAAUAUUCUUGCUUUGGCAGUCAAGUUUGGUUAGAAACUUGGCUUAGGGUUGAGAAAACCGGCAGUUACUGAUCAAGACGACUUCCAUGAAUUUUCUUUCGCACCCGUCAGCUUAUAAUGGAUGGCCAAUCAAUAAUGUCUUAUUCUACACUAUAUACAACCGUUUUGAGCUGCAGGCCACUAUUAAACUCUCAUUCUGCCAUGGCACAGCAAGAGCAGGACCUUGCCUCCGUUGCUGCUGCACGCGAAAUUCUCAAGGAAAGCUUGGACAAAUCAUGGGAUUUAGACUUCGCCAUCAGAGAAACGGGCUCGAGAUUAGACCAGAGCGAGCAGCGAUUGGCAUCACUCCGAUCCGCCAUUGGACAUGUGGCUUCUAAAUGCGCUCUUUAUGACGUCAGGGGCCAUGUUGACCGUGCUCUUGGCCCUGCUGCUGCUGUUUUAAGGAUCUUUGACGUUGUUCAUGAGCUCGAGACUUCGCUCAUCUCAGCCGAUCCUUCUUCUGAUUUGCGUAGUUAUCUCGUCAACGUUCAGCGGAUGGAGGAAGCAGUCAAGCUCCUCAGAGAUAGUUGCAAGUUGGUCACUCUUUGGCUAGAAGAUGCAGUGCAGUUUCUUCAAGACAAAGGCAUUGAAGGAGAUUUGUACUUUCUUAAGUUCAAGAAAUCCUUGAUGAUACUUCAACAGUUGCAGGAAGUUGAGGAAAAUUUUGGUCUCAAUGGAGGGCUUCUAAUGGAUGCUUUCAACCAGCUUGAAAAUGAAUUCAGACGCCUUGUGACUGACAACAGCUUUCCUCCUCCCCGGCCCGACGAGCUAGAAGUGAGUCCAAUUCCUCCUCCACUAUCUUUCCCUGACUCUGACAUAGAGAAGAUGCAGACCAUCAUGGAGAGGUUAACUGCGAGCAAUCGUCUUGACAGGUGCCUGUCCAUCUACAUCGAGGUUCGGACUUCAAUGGUUACGACUGCAUUACAGGCACUGGAUCUUAGUUACCUUGAACUAUCAUUGUCUGAAUUUGAUAGUGUGCAAAACUUAGAAGGCUGCAUAGACCAAUGGGUUAAGCACCUGCAAUUUGCCGUCAAAUAUCUAUUUGAGAUGGAAUACAGGCUUUGCCAUGAAGUCUUCCAAAAAGCUGGAUCUGAUGUCUGUAUGGAAUGCUUUGCAAAGAUUGUUCUUCGAUCCGGAUUUCAGAAUUUCAUCAGGUUCGCCAACUCAAUCACACGAAGUAAGAAGGAAGCGAUCAAGCUUUUGAAGCUCUUGGACAUCUUUGCAGCAUUGGAUGAGCUGAGACUAAAUUUUAACAGACUCUUCAGUGGAAAAUCCUGUUUUGAUAUUCAAACUCAGACCAGAGACCUCAUUAAAGGAGUCGUUGAUGGGGCUUGUGAACUUUUCUGGGAGCUUUCUAUUCAAGUGGAGUCACAAAGGUCAUACAAUCCACCAAGUGAUGGCAGCGUCCCAAGGCUGGUACGCUUUGUCAUUGAUUAUUGCAAUAUACUGGUUGAGGAUGAGUACAAGUCAAUAUUGCUGGAAGUUCUGGAGAUACACUGCAGUUGGAAUAAUCUUGAAUUUGAACAGGGACUUCUCUCAGGCCAGGUCCAACGCAUACUUGAGGCACUUGAGCUGAACUUGCAAACUUGGGCAAAAGCGUACGAGGACACCAAUCUGUCCCACUUUUUCAGGAUGAACAAUUAUUGGUAUUUUUGCAAGAAUGUUGAGGGAACAAAGCUUGGUGACCUCAUGGGACACGAUUGGUUGAGGGCUUAUGAGGACGACAUGGAGUACUAUGCAGCAACAUAUGUCAGUGAGAGCUGGGGAAAACUUCCAGCACUAAUAAGCGAGGAGGACUUGGUUUUGUUCCCAGGUGGAAGAGCGAUCAAUCAUAAUCUGGUACAAAAGAGAAUUGAGGAAUUCUGCAAUGCUUUUGAAGACAUGUAUAAACAGCAAUCCUACUGGGUGUUGUCUGAUAGAGGCCUGAGACUGAGGACAUGCCAGCUUAUAAUGCAGAGUGUUUUUCCUUCUUACAAAAGCUACAUACAGAAAUACAUGCCCCUGAUCGAAUAUGAAGAAGACACCAGUAAGUACGUGAAGUACACCCCUGCAAUCUUGGAGAAUAUGAUCAAUUCUCUAUUUCAGCCGAAAGUGGGGAAGUAUGGCAGCACCAAAUGCACACAUCUUGCCACUAAGAUUAAGAAUGCUGUCACAACUCACCUUCCCUCAACUCCUGCAGCUGCAUGAUCGUGUCAAGAGUUUGAUGAUCCUCGGCGACCAAUUACUUCAUCAUAUAUAGAGUUAAGUCUAUCCUACAUAGUUAUGCGUUACGGAGUUUCCAGGAUGCAUACAAAGUAAAGCAAUAUUGGGAUCAAGCGAAGUUUUCACAGCACAAUCUCCCCUUAACCUCUGACCGAUUAGCUGAGGUGUUCUUGUUGCAUAUGAUACAAACAACAUGAUAUUCAUCUAUAACCUCAACCUGUAUAUGUAUAGCUCAUGUAAGACUAAAAUUAUUAAAUUCCCUAUCAUGAGGUCCAGAAUCUUGGG